GGACAGUCAGUGAUCCAGAAGCUGCUGCACCAUGAGUGUCUCUGUGCUGAGCCCCUCCAGACUCCUAGGCGGCAUCUCUGGGCUCCUCCAAGUGGCCUGCCUGCUCGGCCUGUUUCUGCUGCUGCUCAAAGCAGCCCAGCUCUACCUGCACAGGCGGGGGCUGCUCAGAGCCCUAAAGCAGUUCCCGUCACCUCCCUCCCACUGGCUCUUUGGGCACAACCAGGAGUUCCAAAAGGACCAGGAGCUACAAUGGACUAUGAAGUGGGUACAGAAAUUGCCAAGUGCCUUUCCUCAUUGGCUGUGGGGGACCAAAGUCCGUAUGCUGCUCUAUGACCCUGACUACAUAAAGAUGGUUCUGGGGAGAUCAGACCCAAAAUCUAAUGGUUCCUACAGAUUCCUGGCUCCCUGGAUUGGGCAAGGUUUGCUCCUGUUGGAUGGGCAGACGUGGUUCCAGCACCGGCGCAUGCUGACCCCAGCCUUCCACUAUGACAUCCUGAAGCCCUAUGUAGGGCUCAUGGCAAACUCCGUCCGAGUGAUGCUGGACAAACUGGAGGAGCUCAUUGGCCAGGACUCCCCUGUGGAGAUUUUUCAGCAUGUCUCCUUGAUGACCCUGGACACCAUCAUGAAAUGUGCCUUCAGCCACCAGGGCAGCAUCCAGUUGGACAGGAAUUCCCAGUCCUACAUUCAGGCCAUUGGGGACCUGAACAACCUGGUUUUUUGCCGCAUAAGGAAUGCCUUUCACCAGAAUGACACCAUCUACAGGCUGACCCCUGCUGGCCGCUGGGCCCACCGUGCCUGCCAGAUUGCUCAUCAGCACACAGACCAAGUGAUCAAGCUGAGGAAAGCUCAUCUGCGGGAGGAGGGAGAACUGGAAAAGGUCAGGAGAAGAAGGCAUUUGGAUUUCCUGGACAUCCUCCUCUUCACCAAAACGGAGAAUGGGAGCAGCUUGCCUGAUGAAGACCUUCGUGCUGAAGUAGACACGUUCAUGUUUGCGGGCCAUGACACUACUGCCAGCAGCAUCUCCUGGAUCCUCUAUGCUCUGGCCAAGAACCCCAAGCAUCAGCAGAAGUGCCGUGAGGAGAUCCAGAGCCUCCUGGGAGAUGGAGCACCCAUCACCUGGGACCAUUUGGACCAGAUGCCCUACACCACCAUGUGCAUCAAGGAGGCGCUGAGACUCUACCCACCAGUACCCAGUGUUGGCAGAGAGCUCAGCAAGCCCAUCACCUUCCCUGAUGGUCGCUCCUUACCCAAAGGUACCAUAGUCGUACUGUACAUUUAUGCCCUUCACCACAACCCAAAGGUGUGGCCAAACCCAGAGGUGUUUGACCCUUCCCGGUUUGCACCAAGUUCUGCUCGACACAGCCACGCUUUCCUGCCCUUCUCGGGAGGAUCAAGGAACUGCAUUGGGAAACAAUUUGCCAUGAUCGAGCUGAAGGUGGCCGUGGCCCUGACGCUGCUCCGCUUUAAGCUACUACCGGAUCCCACCCGGGUCCCUACCCCUCUGCCGACAGUUGUAUUGAAGUCCAAGAAUGGGAUUCAUCUGCAUCUGAGGAAGCUCCUUUAA